GUUUGAUAGCAGCAAUAUACAAAUUUCUAGGUUAACUUUAGAUCACUGCCGGUUGUCUAUUAUUUAAACUAUUAACUAAAUAAUAUCUAAUAAGCAAAUAAAUUCACAAUGCGUUUCAUAAAGAAUUUAGAGAAUGGGAACGUACGUGUAGGAUGUAUGACAGAGUUUCAAAGAUUACCCAGCUGCAAAAUUGAAACUCCAACAUCUGCUCUCCUAACUCAAGGUGGUAGCGUAGUGCAUUUAACCGCUGACGUUCUUGAUAGAGUAUUUUCAUCGCCACAACUCUUAUGGCUGCCAUUAACAAGUUGUCAUCAAUUAGAAACUGGUGUUAAAACUCAAAAUAUGGGAAUUGGAAAGUUUGCGGGAUUACCACAACAUGUCACCUGUGCAACCUUACAAAACAUUAAUGAAAUAGUACCUCCUGGCCAUUUUGAACUAGAUAAAGUUCCACUGUGGACAAAGAAUGGAAAGAAAAUGAUAACAGCUGAAAGAUAUAUGGAAUUAAUGGAAGUUUUCAAACCAGAUAUAAUUUUAGCUAUUGCAGAUGGCCGAAUAGCACUUGAUGAAGGACCAAAGAGAUUAUACAAGUCUGUAGAUAGAACACAAAAAAUGCUCAACAUUUGUGUUGAAAAAUAUAAAGCAUCUAAAUCAUUACAAGACAGUUCUCUUAUAGGUGUAAUUGUUGGAGCUGGUGAUUUGCGAAGGCUUGAUGAGAGCAUCAAAAAUAUCCUAAAGCAUAAGGACACUCUGGUUGGAGUUGCUCUAAAUGGUUUAGCAGAUAAUGCUGACAAAAUAAUUAAUACACAAGCAGAAAAUUUGACUGAAAUAUUUAAAAAAAUUGCAGAGAUGGUACCCAAGGACUACCUUAAAAUAUUAGAAGGGUGCUGGUAUCCUGAUGUAAUUGUAACAGCCAUAGAAUAUGGCUGGGAUAUAUUUGAUGGUACAUUACCUCUCAAAAUGACUAAUCAGGGUUAUGCUUUGAGAAUUAACUGUGAUAUAGAUGCUAAUACUGAAUGGGAGUAUGCAUUUAAUAUGAAUAUGGAUCGAUAUAAAGAAGAUUUUAAUCCUAUACUAGAGGGUUGUGAAUGUCUCACCUGCAAGAAACACACACGGGCGUAUAUAAAUCAUCUUUUGAAUACAAAAGAAAUGCUGGCAUCCAUCUUGUUGAACAUACACAAUCUUCACAACUUCGACCAGUUUUUCUUGCACGCGCGACGUCAUAUUGCCUCAAAUACAUUCGCUUGUUUUAAGAAACAUGUCAUCAAACAGUGUGAAAUUAUGAAACCGUUCCAGAAAUAUGCAGAUAAAGCGACAGACGUACAUACAGGACAGCAGCAGAAAAAGUUUUGUGCGAAUAACUUUGAUAGUAAUAAUGCUAGUGGUUGAUUAUUGAUAAAUAAGUUUUAUUACAAUCAAACAACCAUUUUUAUUUAGUUUUUGUUACUAAAUUGUGAAUUAUAAGUACAAUUUUCUAAAAUAAACAAAUUGUGUAGUUAUUAACAUUGUAAAUAUAAGACAUAAAUGUAGUGUAGUUAAUUCAUAAUUUUAUUGAAAAAUGUGUAAUGAUUAACUAUUUCUAAUCUUAUGUGUCCUAGGUUGAUUAUUAAAAGCGACAGAAUGACUUUAAUUAAAAUUCUCGAGAGGAACCUAGGACAUAUACCUAGGUUUUAAAUUGAGAAUACUAAUUUGAGUAAGUUGUAAAUCAUUCCAUACUGAGAAUAAAUGUAGUGGUGUAUUAGAAGUAUAUAUAUGUAGUUAUGUAGUUUUAGAAAGGCGGAACAUUUCUAGGCAUUUGACAUGCAUCUUAGUGUUAUGUGUGUUGUGUGAUAAAUUUCGCUAACGUUCAUUCGAAGUUUUGCGACAGUUUUAUUUAUUAUUAGCUGAUUUUUUACGGUAUCCUUAUAUAUAAAUGCUAUAUAAGAAAUAACAACAAAUUUUAAUUUUUGUGUUAUAAUACUGGAUAACGAUAUUACUUACGAAUAUUAUGAUCUAAGUGUUAAAAUUAAAAUAUUGAUUUGGCUCUCGUGAGUUGUAAGAAAGGUCAUGUAAAACCUUUUUCCUGUUUUUCUUUUUUUUUCA